UUACCUUUUCUUCUUUUUUUAAAUUUUAUUCUUUAUUUUGUACUGGAGCUUUUUAUAUCCAAUCUUAACAUUUAUCAAUAUAAAGCAUUCAAUGACAAACUUCAAAACAUGCCAAAAUCUGUGAAAAGGCCCCUUUAAUACUGAUUUAAACGCACUUGUAAGUAAAUGUCAGUCAAGGCCAUUCUACGCUCCGUUGAUUGGAGAGGUCUACUUUCGAUUUCCACUAACCAAAUGUACGAUUGUGUUGCUCUAUUUUGUGAUGGAGAUAAAUGUUGAUUCAAAUCAACAGUUUUGGGAAAUAAAGUAGAAAAAAUAAAAUUGAGCAUUCGGAUUGGUUGUCUUUGAUGGCGGGUUUCCCGCAAAGCGCGAUUCUAUUCCUGUAUUAUUCUUAUCCAAUGGGAGAAUAGCUUUGACUCUGCAGAACAUCAAACUCCCGCAAAAAAAUGACGAAAGUAUCAAAGAAUGGAUAGGACUCAUAUGGAAUAUCCAAGAAUGGACGAUAUAUUAAAUAGUGGCAUGCGCAAGCGUUCUUUUGCUUCCGACAGCAAUGGGCCGGAAGACAAAAACAUUCACGAUCAAAUUAUCAAAGAAGUUGUGCAGGAGCGCAAAAGAACCGGCUUGCGGACUGGUUUCAGAUUCGGAUACGAAGUUUCCAAAGAUAACCGAUGUGAUCGAAGAGUAUAAGGAAGGCAUUGUUGACGAUAUGUUUGAAACUAGAUUGAAGAUAUCGUCGCUUUCGAAUAGCUUGCACGACGUCUAUAACAUGGACGCAGAGGCGCAUUUCAUUUCCAUCCCUGCCCUUGAAGACGCAGAAGCAGACGAGAACAUAUCGCGGAUGUUGGCCAGAAAAAAUAACGUGGAAUAUUUGUUUCACAAAGAGUAUGCUGAACUGGUUGUGCUCGUCAGGUAUUUGGAAAGUAGUGCCCGACCUGAUCACAGACGAAUACGCGAAACACGCCACCCAGGUCGACAAGGAGAUACCAAUCAUUAGGAGGGACAUCAGCAACAUAUUGCGCAAGUUUCGGCAUUUUGGUCGGAUGCUUGGCGUGCCGGAUAUCCGCAAGAAAUUAUGCCGCUACGAACAGAAACUUUGUCUGCAUGAUGAGAAGGAUAGAAAAAAUUACGCGCUGAAAAUCGUCGCGUAUGCGGCAAAUAAGACCACGCAUAUACAGAGUUGGUUCGAUAAAAUUUCGGCUGCGACAGAAAAUUGCGAACUAAAUUCUUGUUCGCCCGCGCGUAAUGUUUUGUCGUGUGAUCAUGGCGGUUCUAUGAAGUCCAAAGGCAGUAAGCGACCAAACGGUGGAAGGCGAAGAGACAAAAGUCAAAAAGGAGGGAAGCAAAAAGGUAGAAAAGAAAGGAAACACAGAAAUCAUAGGAGGACACGACAUCAACGGAAAUGCUGAAGAUUCUUGUUUUAGUUCUUGUUAUAAUCUGAUGUUCGAAACGGAUACAUUGAAUUUUUUUCUACAAUGCUACUUUAUAUCGAUGACGGAGUAUAAGUGGUUUAAGUCAUACCAUAUAUACGAAAAGUCGCUAGAUUCAUUAAUAGUUGUGGUUAAAACAAUAUGUCGAUAGGAAAAUAAAUAUAAUAUGAAGUGGACAAAGACAAGUAUUAUGCACUCCGCAAUAUGGAAAUUAUUAUAUUAUCAUUUACGGUUGAGGUCAUACUGUAUGGUUGAAACAAGUGAUUUUAAUUGGAGGUUUAAUGACAAUUGGCCCACUUGAUCAUUUGUUUGAUUGAGUAUGGGAUCAUAUUGACCUAUGGAAAGUUAAGUAUACACUCAACAAAUCCUCGCACGAGAUUUGAUAAGAUUGUUAUAGUCCGAAAUCGUCAUCAUCAUCUCAUUCACAUUUGGUCAUUGACUCAUAUAGUCGUGUGAAUAGGCAUGCUAUAUAAUCUUCAUAUGUUUGUUAAUCAAAUAAUGAAGAAACAACAGUGAUGAUAUCAGAGAGUACAGCUAUUGUUUUCGAGUUGUUAAUGACGUACGGCAAAAAAGGAUUCUUUAUUUAGCGAGUUCGUAUCGGAUUUGACAAAUGGGAUCUUUCAAUAAGUACAUGUUUCUUGGGGAUACCACAUUUGUCCGUACAGUUAUGUUUAAAUUGAAUCAGGGUUAUAUUUAGAAUAUAAGUGUUGGUAUGGAAUAACAACCAUAUUUCAAGACCAUCGUAUUUGAUUUGUUUUGGGGCUCUAAAGCUGGUCCAAAGUGCGUUAGUAUUGCCAUUCAAUUUAAAGGAUGUCAGAAAACACUUUGUACGAAACAUUACAGAUUACCGCUAACUAAUAAGUGAACGGUUUGAUGGCAUUUGAAAACUAUACAAUGGCAUUUUGUUGUUGUUGCAUUUUCACUUUUUAACAUGUUUUGUUCAUUUAGAAGUUACUCAAAAGCAUGUUAUACUUGCAUAUAUUGUUUAGUUAUAUCAACCAUAGUCAUUUAGGUGCUUGUUCUUAACUUAUUGCGUUAUUUUCAGGGUUACAUGUUUUUGGAUUUAGUUAUUGUUGAUAAUGGUGUUCAAGUCCAAAUUGGUCAUAUUAUAAAUAUCCAUUGGACAUGUGUCAGUCGGUUAGUACAAUCAGUUUGUUAUCCGUUGCUGAACUUUGGAGUGUUACUGUAUUAUUUGAUUAUUGUGUAAAUCCGCAUUUAAAACCAUGUUACUUUUACACUGCUUUUCAAGUGUUCAGACAUUAUCCACAUUUAUGUAUAUACAUUUCUUCACAACUUCACUUCAUACAGAUAACAUUUAAGUACUUUUUGUAUAGUAUAUUUUAUGAAAAGCAGUUAUAUAGUUCAAGAGCAUCUAUAAGCUGUUUAGAUAUGACUUAUUUACAAUAAUUGACAGAUCUGAGUUCCAUUAUGUUUUACAGCUAAAUAUAUGUAUGUUUAUUGGUUGUGUAAUAUAGAUCUCGUUCACGUAUCACAUUCCGUAGAUCGAAUGUGUCUGAUUUUAUACCCGAUGUAAAUAACCGGUAUUUCCCCUGUAAUUAAUGAGGUUGUAUAAUAUUGACCGUCACAUUAUUUUGCCAAUGCAUUUAUUUUUCAUUUAUUCAUGUGAAUUUUUAACAUUGGUCUACAUUCCGUGCUAUAUUUUGUUGGUUUACAUGUAUAUUGUUUAUUAUUUGUUUAUUAAAGAGAUUUUAAAUUUAAA